GACGAGUGCGUGCGUACAGCCGUCAAAGCCCUCUGCCCCCGUCAAACAGAAACAGGGGUGCGCUCGCCCACCUAAUCCUAAAUCCAAACAAAUCCGGCUCCUCUCAAAUCCCCGGUUCUCCAUCCGUCCAUCCUCCCCUCCCCCCUCCUCUCCUCUCCCCCGUCUUAUUUACCGAGCGAUCCCCGCAGCGAGCUAAACCCUAGAUCCUCCGCCCAACCGCUAAAACCCUAGCAGGCCAAGCUCCUGCGUCUGGGGGAAGGAUGGCCGAGCCCUCCAGGGUGAUCCACAUCCGGAACGUCGGGCAUGAGAUCUCCGAGACCGACCUGCUCCAGGUGGUGCAGCCGUUUGGAGCGGUCGCCAAGCUCGUCAUGCUGCGCACCAAGAACCAGGCCCUUGUCCAGAUGGAGGACCUGUCUGCUUCAAUUAGCGCCAUCCAAUACUACACUACGAUUCAACCUAGCGUGAGGGGAAGAAACGUAUACUUGCAGUACUCAUCUCACCAGGAACUGACUACUGAUCAGAGCUCUCAUGGACGGAAUCCUGAUCAGGAUGAACCCAACCGAAUUCUCUUAGUUACCGUUCAUCAUAUGCUCUAUCCUAUGACCGUCGAGGUGCUUCAUCAAGUGUUUUCUCCUUAUGGAUUUGUGGAGAAGAUUGUCACAUUUCAAAAGACUGCUGGUUUUCAAGCCCUUAUACAGUUUCAGUCACGCCAGAGUGCAAUACAAGCAGCUGGUGCUUUGCAUGGACGGAACAUUUAUGAUGGUUGCUGCCAGCUAGAUAUUCAGUACUCAAAUCUCAGCGAGUUGCAAGUUCACUACAACAAUGAUAGAUCUAGAGAUUUCACAAAUCCAUCUUUGCCCACAGAGCAACGCCCAAGAUCCUCUCAGCUUGGUUAUAAUGAUCCUAGCCUUUUUGGUUUCCAACAGCCUGGAGGUAAGACAUUGCAAUUUUCCUUCACAUUUUUCAUUAUUCACUCUGGUCAUCUUAUUAAAAGUAUAUUAACUUCUUUCCUUCAAUCUUCUUUCCGGGCUACAGCUGCAUAUGGACAGGCUGCAGUGAUUGCUGCUGCAUUUGGCGGAACAUUGCCUCCUGGAGUGACUGGUACCAAUGAUCGCUGCACACUUAUAGUUAGCAACUUGAACAGUGAUAAAGUCGAUGCGGAUAAGCUCUUCAAUCUAUUUUCUAUUUAUGGAAAUAUAGUGAGAAUCAAGGUACUCCGCAACAAGCCAGACCAUGCCCUUGUCCAGAUGGCUGAUGGGCUUCAGGCUGAGCUUGCUAUACACUAUUUAAAGGGAGCAAUGUUACUUGGGCAGAAACUGGAAGUGAACUUCUCUAAGUACCCGAGCAUUACCCCUGCUCCUGAUGCACAUGACUACUCAACCUCCAAUCUUAACCGGUUCAACAGUAAUGUGGCUAAGAACUACCGCCAUUGCUGUGCUCCAACCAAGAUCAUCCACAUCUCAGCGCUUUCACCAGAGAUAUCCGAGGACACGAUCCUUGAACACCUAGGUGAGCAUGGCACCAUCGUCAAGUCAAAGCUGUUUGAGGCGAGUGGCAAGACGCAGGCUCUUGUGCAGUUUGAGAGCGAGGAAGAGGCGACCGAAGCGCUGGUCUGUAAGCAUGCGAGCAAGCUGGAGGGAUCCACCAUUAGGAUUUCUUUCUCCCAGAUGCAGAACAUAUAGCAGUUCUUCCUGGAAAAAGUGUGAUGGCCCCUCUUUCUUUCUAAACUUUUCAAGUUUGUUAUGUGGACCUGUCUUUGUUUGCCCCAUGACCAAGGAUUGUUGCCUGUAUCUUGUGUGAUGGUUGUAAACUGCUGCCAGCUCAUCUGUAUCGUUUUAGCCUGCUAUGGUUUGCUUC